AUGCCCUCCCCCUUCUUGAACCAGGCUGGAAUUAUUGCGUGUGGAAUUCCGGUCGUCGGUGGCGCUGGGGUGGGUGGGUGGUUGGGGGGUGCUGGCUGUAGAGGCGGCGGUUCGCCAACGCAACCGCAUCUGGCGUGCUUGUGUUCUUGCGCUUUUGGGGAACAGAAGCCGUCCUGGCCUACUUGUCCCGCGCCUCGUUCUUUGCAACGCAUGCGGCGGCGCAGCGCAAACCGCAGCCGCGUGCGUGCCCUGCGGCGCUGUGGGUCCAAUGGUGGGUUCUGUUGUUUGCGGGGUGUCGGCGUGUUGGUGUUAAAGGGGCUUGCUUGGAACGCCGUGGGGCGUGACGGGGGGCCCGCGAAGAUAGAGACUUUGGGCGGCCGGUCGCCGUGGCGGUGA